AUGCAGCUCGCCGGUCUCGUCCUGGCCCUGGCCACGGCCGUCGCGGCCUACCCCAUCACCGGCGACGACGUCAACUGCCGCACCGGCCCGGGCACCAGCUACAGCUCGGUCAAGACCUACCCGCGGGACACAGACGUCAAGCUCGACUGCCAGACCUACGGCGAGACCAUCACCGGCAACUCGAUCUGGGACAAGACUACCGACGGCUGCUACGUCUCCGACUACUACGUCAAGACCGGCUCCAACAGCAUGGUCACCAAAGAAUGCGCCGUCGCCGGCGGCGGCUCCGCCUACCAGGGCAACAUCAACCGCACCGAGAUCAUCUCCCGCGGCCAGUACUGGGUCUCCCGCCACGUCCCUUACUCCAUGACCAAGAACUACCCUGACCCCCAGGGCCGCAACUACCGCACCGACUGCUCCGGCUUCGUCUCCAUGGCCCUGCACGCCUACGCCCCGGGCUACAAUACCGUCAGCCUGCCGGAUAUCGCCACUUCCAUCUCCUGGGACGCCCUCAAGCCCGGUGACUUUGUCGGCACCCUUGGCGCUGGCACCGGCGGUGCUGAUGGUCACGUCACGCUGUUCCUGUCGUGGGCGGACUCGGCCCACUCGGCCUACAACACCCUCGAGUGCCGCGGGACUUAUGGCUGUGUGCAGUACAAGCGGUCUGUUGGCUGGGGCGUGGGCAGCCACACUGCUAAGCCGUACCGCUACAAGAAGGUUGUGGAGGAGUAA